AUGUUUUCCCGAACACCACGGAGUCCCGCGGGCCUCCUCAACCCCCAAUCCCUACAAACCUGCCGAGAAAGACCCCUCUCCCUGAUCUCCCGCCGCUACGACCUCCUCCGCUCCAAAUCCACCACCUCGAACAACAGCGAUGGCAAACCCCGACGCCGCCGCCAACCCAAACCAAAAGCCCAACAUGUCCCCAUCGACGUCUCCUUCCUCGGUCAACAAGGCGGCGUUGUAGUCGUCCCCGAAGCGAAGAAGCGCCAGAAAAAGCAGGCGCUCGAUAUCGGCCCCGACAGAUUGAGCGAGAAGGGUGAUGUGCCGUUUUUGCUGCAGGAGAUUGAAGAUGAAACGGUGGAGUUGACGGGGGAGAUUGUGAACGAGCGGAUUGAAAGCCUUCUUGCGCCGCAUUCGGCGGGUGAUAAACUCGACGUGGUUGAGUUCGAGAAACUCAGAUGGAAAGUUCAGGCGUCGUUCACGGGGUAUCAGUUGGCUGAUUAUGUGUCGGAACAUAAGCGGAAUGCGGAGGAGUUUUAUGGAUCUGGGGAGAGUGGUAAUGGUCCGCGGGCGAUGGAGUGGAGGCCUGGGACGCCUGGGUUUCUAGAGAUGGGGCCUGUUGGGCAGGGAGGUGUUGCUGAUAGGAUUGCAGUGACGAAGAAGUCGCUGAAGGGGAAGCAUCUGCUUGCAGAGCGGAUAUUGCGGGAUUGUUGGGAGUUGGAGGUUGUUGGGGAGGCUGGGCAGAUUGAUAUACGGUUGUCUGCGACGACGUUGUCGUUGCUGAAGAAUUCGGAGAUCUUUUCCUUCGAGGAGGUGGCCAGUUUGAACGAUGCGAAGAUUGAUAUUACGAAUUCGCUAGGGCUGGUCAGGAUUACGGGGAGUCGGGUUGCAUGCGAGACUAUUCGGGAUAUCAUACAGGAUACGAGUUUGCGGAUACGCGAGGAGGAAGUUGAAUUGUUCCCGCGGGUCGGUAAUCGGUUUGAUGGGAGUCGCGCGUUCCACUUGGAAUUUCUGGAUUGGGUUAGUAGGGCCUACGGCGUGGCAUUUGAGGACGUGACUCGUGAGGGUCCGAAGAAGAUCCUGUAUCUCGCGGAGGACAGAGAGGGCAUGGAGAAUGCCCGGAGGACAUUGAACCUUGCAAUCUACAGCACGAAUCCGGAUCCGUUACCAUUUACGAGCUAUUUCUCUGCAACAGAGCCUGCCGAGGCUUAUGAUUUCAACCUCGAAAAUGAUGGGGUUUGGUUUGAGCGGCAGAAGGCUUGGUUUCGGUGGGCUAUGCCGUCGACACAGGCGGCUGGGUCGAGUCCGUUGGAUAUGCCGUUGUUUGACCAACAUCAGACGAGGUUAUCGGAUGGACUUCUGAAGAUCUUACGGAAACCUUCUUCUAAGUACCAGCUGAGCAAGAAGGUUGAUGUGCACGAGAGUGUAACGGCUGCAGUUGGAAGAUGUUUAUUCUUGCGCAAACCUACCAUGAGCCGUGAUCCUGUCGACGCGACGACACUAAGCAAGCUAUCUCUUCCUCGCUCGUUUACCACCGACCUCCCCCGCGUGGCCUCGUUCCUGCGUCAACUGCAAAGUCACGAAGGCAGCGAUAAACAGCAGCUUCGCCGCGUCCUGUUAGUCCCGUCAGCUCUCCACGCAAAUGUCUUCCCACAACUCGACCUAGAAGUUUCUUUACAGGAAAAUUCCGAUUCCGAAGCAAAACCAGAACUCCUCUUGCACAACGCCAAGGCCAUAACCACGCAGAACAGCGUCGACUACCUCCUCCCCGAGAACGGGCUGGACCUCCGCUUCACAAGGAAGAUGUACUGCGAUUUACCAGAGGAAUCGUGGCAAGAGAGCGCAGAUGUUCUCAAGACUUCUCUACGGGACAAUUUCAUCCAACCCAGACCAAACGACAGUGGCGACGUGUCUCUCCCAACAUUCUUCAAGCUCUCCCUGCCCAGAGAAAUCCUUAACCAAAAGAACCUCUCUGGUUCAGAGAAAGAAUUCGUCACCGCAGAGUACAUGAGUCUACCCCUCGUCGACCGCCGGGGGACAUAUCUACACCGUUAUGACUACGAAGACAAACGGCUUAACUAUAGUUAUUACGAGAGCGGGCCGUUUUACCCGUCUCGCGCGAUGGACUUGUUCUUGGAUAUGGAUCUUCCUUCUGAUUCCAAGGUUGCUGAGGAGGGUGAGUUGGGCGAGCUGCUGCACAAGUUCAAUUCGUUUUAUGGAUCGGCUUGUAAGUUGGCGUUUGAGUUGGAUACGGCUAGGCGGGCGGAGCUCUAG